AUGAUCACGGCGCAGUAUAAUGAUCUCAAACUGCUUUCAGUCUGGACGUCGCCUGCCAGAUCAGAUUUAGCUCACUUCAUUUAUCAAACAGUAGCCAACAAUGGCAACAGUACGGUCUAUUAUAUCGACGCAACCAAUCGUUUUCCCCUGAAAGAGUUCCAACAGAUCACAUCACCAAACAAUAAGGAAGUUUAUGAUCGCAUACGAAUCAUAACGUGUCUAGAUCUCGCAGAACUUGCAGUCACAGUCAAUAAAGUGGUGCAGGUUCUGAACAUGGAUAAAAUUCAUCGGCAGCAGAGACAGAGCGAUAAAGAUGAGACUUCAGCGGCUGAGAAUCGCACCGAAAUUCUUCUGGUACUCCAAGGCUUGGAGCUCAUGUUCCGGAAUACCCAACUAAAUUGUUCACCAAGCGAAUCCCAUCUAGCUUUGCGAGAUCUACUACUGAGACUACGAGCAAUUGCCAACAACACGACAUCAGAUAGUUUAAUAUUAAGGACGAUUCUAACAUUCCCGCGAGAGGAACUACUGAAGUUCAUGAGUCGUGCUGCUAAUGACAGUAAAAGGCUUAAAAGCAGCCUAAUUAAUGGUAAUACCCUUGGUGAAUAUGUCGCCAAGUACUACGCAGAUAUAGUCAUAUGA